GUGAAUAGUCCAGAUGACAACCCAACACCUGCCAGCGAUCCCGAUUCGGUCUCAGGCUUUCGGAUGCUGGCCGAGAUGGAACAAGCUCGUCUCAACAUAUUAUGCGAUGACUGGAACAGUGUCAUGCUGGAAGAGGCAGAAAGAAUCCCCGAACAGGCACUCGAUUCGAUCCGGACCACAGUGUGCAAAUGCCGGUUGGUAUUGCAAAAGAAGAUGCCAUUCUUUUUGAGUUUGGUCGAUAUGGCUGAACAAUCGGCUAAAUCAGUUUCAUCCCCCAGCUCACAAUUCAAGGAAAACCAACCUCCCAAGACCGAUGUGAAUGAUUUAGCUGGCUACUGGGCUUUGGUUGCGGAUGAAAUCGUUCAGGCAGAUGCUGCUUUUGAGCGUCUGCGCGUUUGGCGAGAUGAAGGUCAAUGGGAACCAUCAAACAGGCCUGUUACACCGAUGCGUGCCCCAGUGAAGCAGACACGUCGUAAAUCAAAGGCUGUAAAACCGUCCGUGAACACUACUAGCAAAAUUCCAAUCAAACAAACCUUGGUCGAUCGCCGAAUAAAUGCGGGAACGUUGUCGGUAGAAAUCACCAAAGCCCUUUCUGAAGCUGUGAAGUCAAACAAGAAACCCAAGGUGCCAGUACGGUCAAAGUUGGCCGAGUUCCUGAAGUCCAAAAGGAUGGUUGCUGCUGAUCGUAAUCUUCGUCGUCGCCAGAAUUGUACGGAUGUGCUCACACCGUUGGGGUUGGAACCGGUAUCACGACGUUCUCGGGGUACUCCUAAGGUCCUAAACUAA